GCGACUAUCGAUUUCCCGCAUUGUUUACAUUCGUGAUUCGUCGCCUUUCAGCUUACAGAUUUGCCUUUAUCAUCCCUUAUCAGCAUCGCAGAGUCACGUUGUCAGCGCGAUGGCCCUCUCAAUCUUCAAAGACCUGCCGGCGGAGCAUCCCCGCCACCUGAUUCCCUCGCUCUGCAGGCAGUUCUACCACCUGGGCUGGGUCACCGGCACAGGAGGCGGCAUGAGCAUCAAGCACAACGAUGAGAUCUACAUAGCACCGUCGGGCGUCCAGAAGGAGCGCAUGCAGCCGGAGGAUCUGUUCGUGCAGGACAUAACCGGCAGGGAUCUGCAGCUGCCGCCGGAGAUCAGGGGCCUGAAGAAGAGCCAGUGCACGCCGCUCUUCAUGCUGGCCUACCAGCACCGCCAGGCGGGCGCCGUCAUCCACACCCACUCGCAGCACGCCGUCAUGGCCACGCUCCUCUGGCCGGGCAAGACCUUCCGCUGCACCCAUCUGGAGAUGAUCAAGGGCGUCUACGACGAGGCGGAUAAGCGGUAUCUGCGCUACGACGAGGAGCUGGUCGUACCCAUCAUCGAGAAUACACCCUUUGAACGCGACCUGGCCGACAGCAUGUACGCCGCCAUGAUGGAGCAUCCCGGCUGCAGUGCCAUCCUCGUCCGGCGGCACGGCGUCUACGUUUGGGGACAGAACUGGGAGAAGGCCAAGACCAUGUCGGAAUGCUAUGACUAUCUCUUCUCCAUUGCCGUGGAAAUGAAAAAGGCCGGAAUCGAUCCGGAGAAGUUCGAAAGCUCCUAAGGAAAUGGAGCUGAUAAAAAAAACCCACACGUUGUUUAACCCUAUGUAAGCCUUAUAUACUGCAUUUACUAUCAGAGAUAUUCUGAUAUGCAAGGCAAUGGUACUGAAAAAAUAUAUGCGAUUUAAACAGCUUAA